GAAGCCCACAAAGGCUGCCGGCUUGGCGGCGCGUCUCAUAGUCUCAUCAUCAACUUAGUCUCACUAUUCAUAUCACAGCCUCCUUGCAAGUUUUUAGCAAUGGCGCUUGGUCGAAGCUGGUCAAAUAUCGCAAAGCGGCACUACCUUCGCUUACUACACACUUUGGAGGGUAGCCGCGCAAUGCCCUCACAUCGUCAAAUUAACACGAAUUCCUUGUUCUGCUACACGAGCGGACGAUGGCUAUGGAGUGAGGGUGAGCAACUGGAAGCCCGAUACCGACGUUUUGAUGUGUCCAGUCUUCAGCAAGCGGCUUGCCAAGCCGUCGGUGCAAACAAGUGUACAUCUUUCAAAAAGAUUGGCGAAGGCAACUACAACAAGGCAUAUCGCCUUGAGAUGGAAGAUGGCCAAAAUAUCAUCGCAAAGGUCCCACACCCUAAUGCUGGCCCACGAGUCCUGACCACGGCAUCGGAAGUGGCAACUAUGGAGUUUGCCCGGACCAUUUUGAACUUACCCGUCCCACGAGUUCUCGCUUGGAGUGCUACCGACCAAAAUCCUGUCCAAGCAGAAUACAUCAUCAUGGAAGAAGCGAGUGGCUCCCAACUCCACGAAGUUUGGCAGGAUCUUCCACUGCGGAGGAAGUGUGACAUUAUUCAUGAAUUUGUAGACGUUGAAAGGAAACUACUUUCAGUCUCCUUUGAAAAAUUGGGAUCAUUGUAUUUUAAAGAUAGUGGUAUCGCAGGAUGCGAGCCGGCUAUCGUUACAAGUGGUCCGCAAGAUGUCGUCGGCCACAUCGAAUCAACUUAUUGCAUUGGACCCAUCACUCGAAGGGAGUUCUGGGGGAAGCAACGCAGUGAAAGGCAAUGUCACGGUCCCUGGACAUCUUCUGCAGAAUACCUAAAAUCUGUCGCUCGCCGUGAGAUCGAAUGGAUCAAUGCCCAUGCGAACCCACAGGAGCCGAGGGAAACUCCAUGGCAGUACACGAGUCCACAGCAGAAGUCUCCAGAGGCUCACACAGCCCUGUUAGAGAAAUUCUUAGCUGCAAUUCCGUAUAUCACUCCCAAGGACCCAGAGCUCGCCUCUCCCAGACUUUGGCACCCAGACUUCCAUGCUGGUAACGUCUAUAUCGACGACCAAGCCCGAAUAUCAUGCAUCAUUGACUGGCAGGGAGCCUGGGCUGCCCCGGUGUUCAUCGGUGCCAAUCCCCUAUUGCUUCUAGACUAUGGGAUUGACAUGUUGAUGAAGCUCCCUGAAAACUUUAAAGGACUCGACGAUGCUACAAAAGAUAAGCUCAGAUACCAAGUGUCUCAGUCUAUCUUAAUUCACACGUAUGAAACAUCCACGGUGGAGAAGAACCCUCUGAUGUACAAGGUUAUGCAUCAUCCCCAUGGUCAGACUCUCAAGCAAUUAGAGGCUUUUGUUGGCUCUACCUGGGACAACUGUCUCUUUCCCUUUGAAGAAUGUUUGAUCCACGUUGAGAGUGAGUGGGGUCACUUUGGUACUAACGAACCAUGUCCGUACCAUUUCUCAGUAGAGGAGAUACGGCAACACGACGAAGAGGCGGGGUCUUUCAACAGGAGUCAGGAACUCUGGAAAGAGCUACAAGGUGUCUUGACUGAUGAGGGCUAUGCGUCGAAUGGAAGUUUCAGUAAGGCUGUCAAAAUACUCAAAGACUUGCGAGAAGUCGGGCUAGGUGACCUGGAGGGUGAGGAACGACGCAGCUUCGACAAAGAGACGCGCUGGGUCGCAGAUCUCGAGGAGCAUAGGAUCUAGCACUUGCGCCAUCUUCCCAAGAAUAAUCGUUGAUGGUAUGCGAUGUCGAAUUUGGAGGGCAUAGACGGGUCUUCGUGAAUGAAAGGAUAUUGAGGCUGACUAAAAAGAUCGGAAGCGGAGUGAAGUCACACUCCGUCGGCCCCGCCUGGAACCAAAGCUAGACCUGCAUGGCCACAACAUGAUGCUGUUGUAGCUCGUGGAUGUCGCAUUGUACACCAAAAGGCCUGAUGCAGUAUUUGCGGAUUUAGGAGGCUGAGUUCGCAGUCUCUAUGGUCGAGCGCUGUCACGCUUGAUGAUAGCGAUCCUUCAGUCUCGCGAAGUUCCACUGUCCAUCGCACCUAGCGACGCCCUGCAGAAAUGACGAACAUCAGAACUCCAUCGGACGAAUCGAG